AUGGCCCAAGCUGUAACUGCACAAGCUAACGAUAACGCUCAAAGGCGUGUUGCUGAGGAGGCACGUGAUCAUCACCAACGUCAGAGAGAGGUAACUCUCGACCAAAACAAGGGACUCAAUGACUUUAGGAGACAAGAUCCUCCUAAGUUUACUGGUGGAACUGACCCUGACAAAGCGGAUCUCUGGAUCCAAGAGAUCGAGAAAAUUUUUGGUGUACUGCAAACUGCUGAAGGUGCCAAGGUGGGCAUGGCUACAUACCUUUUACUUGGGGAUGCUGAAUACUGGUGGAGAGGCGCCAGAGGAAUUAUGGAAGCAAAUGGAGAAGAAAUUCACUGGAACUCUUUCCGAGCUGCUUUUCUGGAGAAGUACUUUCCCACUAGUACUCGGGAUGAGCGGGAGGCACAGUUUCUGACACUUCGUCAGGGGAGCAUGUCCAUACCUGAAUAUGCUUCUAAACUGGAGUCUUUGACCAAGCAUUUCCAAUUCUUCCACAACCAUUCGCUGGUUGAGAAAGCCACUGAAGUGGAACUGAUGAAAAACAAGAGGUUGAACCGUGCUGGUACUGGAGGACCGAUGAGGUCAGGUUCUCAGACUUACCACGGAAAGGAAAAACCUCAGCAGAAGAAGCCGUAUCAACGCCCGGAGGGGGGAGGUUUUACCUCAGGAUCUUACAAGCCUUUGAUUGCUGUCACUCCAGGGGCGAGAAACCGAUCAGCACACCCAGAGGUGACCUGCUUCAGGUGUGGGAAGACUGGACAUUAUGCGAACGCAUGUAUGAACCAAGGGCGCCGAUGUUUCAAUUGCAACCAACCAGGGCAUAUGACCGUCGAUUGCAGGGCACCCAAGGCUGAACCAACUGUCAACACUGCAAUGGGAAAGCGUCCUGCUGCUAGAGGAAGAGUUUAUAUCAUGGAUGGGGAAGAAGUUGGAGGAGCUGAUGGGGUAAUUAGAGAGAAACGCAGGAACGAUGGUAACUUCUAA